AUGCCCUCGAAUCCGCCGGACAAGAGUCCGACGUCAGCAAAUCAGCAUCGCGUGGUAAAGAGAUCGUCCAAUGCGUAUGCACCCUCGCGUGCACGGCAACCUGCGAGUUCAUUUCUAACCCCGUCUUCAGCUGCACUCGAUGUCGGCGCCAAAAAGUCAAAUGCACAGGCCAAAGGCCUUGUGAUGCUUGCACUCGGCAUACUAGUCACUCGCGGAUAUCUUGCCUCACUUGAAGAAAAGAUUGCUGCGCUGCAAGGAAAUUCGGUCCAAGAGACCACUUCCACGUCAGGUAGAGUGAGUGAAGAUCAACCGCUUGAUGCUGCAAUCGGUCUUGAAGGAGGUGUUGUUAAUGGCCAAGAGCGAUUCCGUAAUGGCACCGUACCGAACAACUCGGGACAUCCCAGCCCGCCAGAAACCGACCAUCAGAUUUCUGAUCAAGUGAAUGGCAAUCAACUGAUUCAAUCACACUCUACAUCAGAAGAUGAGACACAAUGGACGUCUAUGCGUAACUCAACAUCUCUUUCAGUCGCAUCUCUCACCAAUCCCAUGUCCACAGAUGCAGUCUUUGUCACGUCAGAUUCAGGCAGGACAUUCUAUCUUGGCACAUCAUCCAACUGGUCAUUUACUCGAAGAUUGCUCAACCUCACCCAGCAAUAUGCAGACUGCAGUCUCACGACGUCCUCGAAUACUCUUCGCUUCGACGCCGAAACUUAUGAGCUAAGCGCAGAGGACGGUACCUCGACUGCAAAGAAUACGCCCGCAGUGCCCACCGUUGACUACGCUAUACACUUGGUCAAUAUGGUAAAGUUUCACUGCGGCCAAGUCUUUCACUUAUUCGACCAAGAAGAAUUCAUGCGGAAACUGUGCCAAUUUUAUGCCGAGCCCAGGCCCAGUGUAGCCAGGACCGGUCUUUGGUACAUUCACUUUCUGCUCGUUCUCGCGUUCGGAAAGGCUCUUGUUACCAAGACGAGCCGCGGGCGCCGACCACCAGGUGCGGAUUUCUUCUGCGCGGCCAUGAGUCUCUUGCCUGAGCCGAUUACGCUGUGGAGAGAGCCGGAGGAAGCAAUCGAGAUUUUGUGCUGUACAUCUCUGUACUUUCAGAGUAUUGAUCAUCGGAGCUCGGCUUAUAACCACAUUGGCCAGGCGUUGCGAUUAGCCUUGAGUCAGGGCAUGCAUACAGACACGCCACCGCGCCAUUUGGAUGAGUCUCUGGUUCAAAGAUGGCGUCGCAUAUGGUGGACUGUCUAUGUACUCGACAAGGAGAUGACAUCCUUGAUGGGUCUUCCCCCAGCUCUCAGCGACGAACAUGCGCGCUCGGCGCUGCCCACUUUUGAUGGUGAUGCAUUUCGUACAGCAGCAUUCUUGAUGCGUAUCAAGCUGUCACAAUUUAUUGUGGGGAUAGAUAGAACUAGGAACAUGCUCUCAAUGUGCCUCGAGUCAUCACUGCAGAUUAUCACCAUAAUUACCGCUUUGGACGAGCAAGACCUUUUAGAGACAUUCCUACCUUUUGACUUGGAGGCGCUUCACACGUCGGCGACAAACAUCAUUGUCGCAUCCGUCGUGCUCCCCGAGCCAGCCAAUGGGUUUGCAAGCGGGCUACAGAAAGCCUUUGCUGCUUUUGAUCUUUUUUCCACCAGCGGAAACUUGAUAGCGCAGGCUGAGCAGGCCGAGCUUCGGCAGCUACAGCAACUUGCUCAGCAGUUUGUGGAAGCUGAAGCCGCCGGGCCACCACCAGCUGGGCCAGCAGACACUAUCAUCACAGGCUAUUCGUGUGAGACUCCCAGUGGCCUCGUGCCAACUCGGAUUGAUCACGGCCUGCGCACGCCUAUAUCCGGAGGUGAUUUCACAGAUGAGUUCCUCAAUGCAGGGUUCUCAACGGCGCAAAUUAUGGACAUGGUAAACUCAAUCAACCGGGACCAGAAUGAUUGGAUCUCGGAAGAGGUUAUUGACCGCGUUUUCUGA